AUGUCAAAAAGGGGCAAUGACAACGAGUUGUCGAAACAUCCUCCUCCCAAGCGUCCGCGCACAACCGAAGCCGGACUCCAGACCGACAAUCUCUCUUCGUUGAGCAAUGAAAUCCUGCUUCAUAUUCUGUCUUUCCUGCCAAUACCAGCUCUUCUUAUUUGCCAAAGUCUGUCUCAUCGGUUUUAUGCCCUCGCUGGGGACUCUGAGCUCUGGAAACGACAAUAUUUUGCAAAAUGGGUACGGCCCCGCGCGCGCCGCUUAGCGAUAACCCGGCGCACAUCUUUUCCUCAAUCCAAAUUAGAAUAUUCCCCCAGGGUAUCGACAUGGCUGGACCAUAGCCACCUGGAUCGGAAUAAUCAGGUCACAAAUUGGAAGCGACAAUAUCAGCUCAGGCAUAAUUGGUCUAGAGGCACUUGCCGAGUGACCCAAAUCGAAAUCCCUCAACCACCCAGGCCACCAAUGCUGGCAACGCUCUGUGCUGGCUAUGUAUUUACUGCGGACGCGUAUGGGGGUCUUAGGGCUUGGUCAGUAGAGAGCCCAGAAAGGCGCAAUGCUGGCCUUCAUUUUGUGGGCUCCGGGUCGCAAUCUCCGUCGGCUCCCACUGCGUUGACUGCAACUUGCGGCCCGGAGAAGAAUUGCAUCGAAAUUGUGGUCGGGUUCGACAAUGGCGUAUUCACCGUAUACAAAAUGAAUUCGACGAGCUUGCGACUAGAUAUACGUUUCUCUCGCACUAUGACCGCUCACGGCGCCAUAACGGCCAUGGCUGCUUCAUACCCGUAUCUCAUGGUUGUUUCAAAACAUAUGAUGCUGUCACUAUAUAAAUUGCCACUCGAAGCUGAUGAUUCUAGUUGGAGAGACGACGCCACCCUAAUUGCUUCCUUAAAGGCGGAUAGCGUCCUAUCGCCAAUGUCGCUUUCUGUUCGCGUUGCAGGAUCAGAAAUAAUCGCAUCUAUAGUCUACAGCUUCCUUCACCUUGGCUGCGGGUGGUCACUAGGGAUUCAAGAAUUACAUUUCGACAAAACUGGGCGGCAGACCAAGUCACGACUUACUACCACAGUGGAUACGCAGUAUGGAUUGCACCUACGUCGCCUGCCUGCUUCAAUCAACGGGCAAGUUUCGGCUCCAGAGCUCGAGUCGAUCAUAUUCCCUCGUGCAAGCCCGAUAAUGCCUGCUAUACUACAUCAUGAUCCACCAACUUCUGUUUCGUACUCUCAUCCUUAUCUCCUAACGUCACACGCAGACAAUACUCUCACGAUCUACCUUGUUGUGUCUACAUCUAGCAGUUUAUUUGUGAAAGGGGGCGAAAGAUUAUGGGGCCAUACGUCUUCUGUUUCGGCAGUACAAGUCAGCGACCGAGGAAAGGCAAUUUCUGUGAGUUCGCAAGGAGAUGAAGUCAGGAUAUGGGAACUUGAAAGCUUGAUAUCGUCUUUUGGCAGCCAAAAGGUGCUCCAAGGUGACACUAGCAUUAGAGUCAAGCCUGGAAACCAACCACACCCGCAAGAUCACGAAGGUCCCGGUUUGUUGUCUGGUGUAUCCCACCGUGAUUUCAGACGGACUCGAUCGCCAUCUGCCAACAUGGUCCAUAAAAAGGCCCGGGCACGAGAUUGCAUUGGAUUUGACGACGAACGACUGCUUUUACUUCGAGAAAAGGAACAUGGAUCUCAACUCCUCGAGUUCUACGAUUUCAGAUAG